AUGCAGAGCCUCAAGGUUAUUAGUUUCUUCGCUUGUGUCGCCGUUGCAGCCGCAGGAGUGGCACAGAGCUAUGUCCACAGGCACGAUCGUCACCACAGCAUUGGCUAUGGAGGAGGCUACGGUGGUGGCUAUGGAUACGGGGGUGGUUUUGGAGGAGGUGAUGGAGGAUUUGGAGGUGGUGCUGGUGGUGGUUUCGGCGGUGGUGCAGGUGCUGGCUUUGGUGGUGGUGCUGGAGGUGGUGCCGGAGGAUUUGGUGGUGAUGUCGGUGGUGGAUACGGUGGUGGAUAUGGCGAUCAUUACUGGCAUUACCCACAUUACAAAUUCGAUUAUGGAGUAAAAGACUUCCACACUGGUGAUCACAAGAAACAGUGGGAACAGAGGCAUGGUGAUUCAGUGAAAGGCGGAUACUACCUCUACGAACCCGACGGUACCAAGCGUGUGGUUGAGUACGUCGCUGAUAAACAUCAUGGAUUCAAUGCGAUUGUGAAGAAGAUUGGACAUGCUCAUCAUCCACACAUUUACGGAGGGGCUGGAGGAUUUGGUGGAGCAGGCGGGGCUGGAGGAUUCGGUGGAGCUGGCGGUGCUGGAGGAUUCGGUGGAGCUGGUGGUGCUGGAGGAUUUGGUGGAGCUGGUGGUGCUGGAGGGUUCGGAGGCGCAGGGGGUGCUGGUGGAUUUGGGGGAGCCGGUGGAGCUGGUAGCUUCGGAGGUGCCGGAGGGUUCGGUGGAGCGGGAGGUGCUGGAGCUGCUGGAGGUGCCGGAGGAUUUGAUGGAGGUUUCGGUGGCGGCUAUGGAGGAGGAUACGGCUAUGGGGUCCAUGGACAUGGAGCCUACAGCUACAACAACAACAACCUCUACGCAUAA